AUGUCUUCAGAGACGUCAAGUUGCUCAAGUCAAAUCACUCUCGUUGCUUUUCCUUCGUCUUACAAUCGCCAGGUCUCCAUUAAAAGCUACUUUCAUGCUCUCAAGGGGGUAGCAAUCGCCAGAAAUCUCAUCAAUGGCGGUACCAUUACAUCAGGCUAUCGUCUGCUAUCUGCAGUCUAUCCAACAGUGCAAAAGUCACCCAAAGAUGCUAAGAAGCAAUGGGAGUGCUUUUACUGGUCCAUGUCUGCCACGGUGCCGUGCAUAGACUUGGCCACCACCAUCAUCAGUGGUACUAUUGCAUACACCGAAUACCAGGUGAACAGCGCGGGUCUGCUCUGGAAGAUCUGGGCUACGGCGGCGGGAAUAAUGCCGAUUGACUGGGUGUGGGUGAGGAAGGUGAUGCUGGUGGCAUCGAAUGAGUUGCUGGCGAUCGCCAAACCAACUCCUGACGGGACGAUACCCUUGAAGACCAGCCCGCAGAAAACGCUGGACCUCUUGAAGGAUAUCAAUGCGCAGAUGAGCCUCAGAAUGAUGUUCCCAUGGGUCCGACGCGUGAGCGCUGGAGUCGGCAUCACUAUCCGAAGUCAUCGGCAUCCUCCUGACCAGGCCACUCAGUCACCACUCUCUCUUUGUCUCGUGUCCGCCUCGGAUCGCCUCCAAUUUUUUUCGUUAGACUUGCUUCCUUCCGUGGUCAUCAUGAAUCCCGUCUUAGUCCAAGCGGCCGCCGUAUUCUUGGCCGCAGCCGGCACCCGCGAGUCUCCGGUGCAGCGCAAGACCUUUGCCUCGCUCACCAACGGCAAGAAGCUGGCUUGUCUGAACGCCAAAGCCUGCUAG